AUAGAACAAUUGGAGUACGAAAGGUCCAAAUUAGAUUUACAGAAGAAGUUGAUAAAGCAUUACAGAGAAGAUAUACUACGCAUGUCUGCACUUCCGCUUCAACAAGAGGGUAAUAUGUGUGACUUUAAAGAUGUGUACAUCAGACCGCGAAUGACGAUUCAAUCAAAAUGUAACAAAAAACCAGAGGAGGCUGAUGUUCUAUCAAUGUCCAAUAUUUUUACAAAAGACGGCAAAACAAUCAAAUCCAUCUACGUCCUCGGAGAAGCGGGGUCCGGUAAAAGUAGUUUCUGUAAAAGUUUGAUAAACUACUGGUGUUUGGCACAUUCUGACGAAGGAAAAGGUAUUGAUGAUGAGUUCAAUGGGGUCAAGGAAAUGAAGAAAUUUAAUUUUCUAUUCUAUCUUCCUCUCCGUCAUUAUACAGGUAAGAUGAAAAUCAAAGAAAUGUUGGAGGGUAAGUACGAGCACUCUGCUCUAAAGAAGCUUCUUGAAUGUGAAUCUCAAAACUGUCUCAUUGUCCUUGAUGGUCUUGAUGAAUGGGCUUCUCCGACGUCACCGUGUCCUCCUGAACGCGGCGCAGUCAAGGAAUAUACCGUCCUAACUACAUCCCGACCCUGGAAAAUUUCAACGUUAGAAAUAACCGAUAAUGAGAUACGACAAAAGAUUAUCCUUAAAGGGUUUAAUGAUGAAACAUCUAUAAAUAAUAUGAUUGAAAAGACGAUUCCAGUAUUAAACAAAAUGUUUGAGAGAGACAGAGUUUUAAGUGAUUGUCAAAUGGCUCUUGAAAACGAAUCAAUGACAAGUCUAAAACAUACAGCUAUUAUGCUGCAGCAGUUAAUUUGCCUGUGGUUUGACGACAAACUUCAUGAUGGAUCCUCAAGAUGUGCGAUGUACACUGAAAUGCUGGACCUGUUCUUUGUUUGGCACAAGAAGAAACACUCCGACGAUCCUCUAUUCACAGAAAUGAUGAAGAAAUCAGAAGACCUGAAAAAUGUAGAACUUCCUGACUACUUGAUAGAUACUGAAGUCUGUAAUUCACACAGUUACAUCAUUCAUGACGUAUCACGGCUUGCUUAUGAAACAUUGUUCAAUAACACGAAAGAUACGUCUUUGUCAUUUGACAGUUCUACCUUUAAACGACUGAAAAUAUCAAAAGAAGUAAAAUCAUGUUGUUUGAAACUGGGAAUCUUGUCUGAAGAUAAAUGUAUGAGUUUUUCUGCAAGUAAAAGUAGAAGGUCGGUUAUUGCAUUUGUUCACAAGUCAUUUCAAGAAUAUUUGGCUGCUGUAUAUAUUGCUGUCCGUUAUAAAGAACACAUCUCGCCGUCGGCUGAUUCAGGAAACCCCGAUUUGUCUGAUCACUGUGCACUUCUUAUCAGAGAUUUUUUCAGUAAGUGCACGACUUUAGAUGAAAUAUUAGAACAAGCAAAUGUAUUUAUUAUGCUAUGCGGUCUAGAGCCAAGAAUAGCUGUAUCAAUUUCAAAGUAUAUAUACGAUAUUGUCACAAGGGACACACGUGUCCUACAGUACAGACGAACAAUCUAUAAUAGACAUGAAUAUCUUAUAUCAAAUAUCCAGAGAUGUCUUUUAAACUGUAUGGAUGAAGUGCAAGCAUGUGGAACUCGUAUACAGUCUAACCUUUAUCUAGGUGACAUAAGAUUUAAUCCAUACUCCUCAAAUGACGAGCAUUUAUGUAAAAGUUUUGAAUGGCAACCUUUUUCUCCUGACAGUGUCAUUUCAUUUAGUAUUUCACAAACUGAAACGGACAUAUAUCGAAAGAGAGUAUUUAAAUAUUUGCAGAAAUGCCAGCGACUUGAAGCCAUUGACAUUGUUAAAAUAAAAAUUGAUGAAGAAGAUAUCAAGUAUGUCUGUGAUGUAAUUAAAGAUAAUACUUUAACAUUGAAAGCACUGUCUAUAGGUAAUUCGAAACUGAUACGUAGAACAAUAGUCCGUCGUCUGCCUGAUAUGAGUCAUCUUGUUGCAUUAAAGAUAGAAUAUGUCACUAUGCCGCAUGAUGACUUUAUCUCACUGUGUACUUUUCUGUCAGCUAGCAGUCAUCUUGAGCAGAUAUCAAUUCUCUAA